AUGUUUGUGAGGAGGUUUGUGGCUUUAACCUCGAGGGCAGCCAGUGUAGCUGCUGUCUCUCAGAGGAUGGCUUCUUCGAGCGCCUCUCCCAUGAAGCUUGCCAGAUUAUCAGUCGUUCCUAACACGAUUGUUCAGAAAAGGUAGCGAAAUUGGAAUUUUUGGUUUUCCUUUGUAAGUGAGAUUUAUCAACUUCACAUGAAACAAGCAGGAGUGGUUGCGCUUUUCAGAGGAAGCAAGGUCUCCGAAUUCGGCCCUUUCGAUCCACCGAAGAAGCUUACAUUCAAAGAAGUUAGUUUUUUCAUUGGUGUUUCGAAAUUCCCAAGAACCAUCAAAUUAAAAAAAAACAUGAUCUUCCUGUAGAAAAUUUUUUUCCAAAAAAGAGUAUGGGAUUUAUUUUUGGAAAGUUUUUCCGUUUUAAACAGCGCCUUGAAAAUUUUUUUCGAACUUCACGUAUCAAAAAGUCUUGUUAAGCUUGUAUAACUACCAGUUUGAAGGUUUUGAAUGCACUUGAAGCGCGAAUAUGAAAAAUUUUUUUAAAAAUCUUGAUAAUUUUAAAAAAAUUGAAAUACGAUUUGAAAAAUGGUUUUAUUUCAUAUUGUAGUUUUUUUUAAUGUUCAAAAGGGGGUCUUCAGGUUGAGGAACGAUUGAUUAAAGCUGUCCGAGCUUGGGACCGAUUCCCUGCCGACAAGGAGAGCGCCCUCAAGCUCGACGCCAACUUCAGCAAGGAUUUGGGCUUCGAUUCCCUCGAUCAGGUUAUUUUUGUCGUUUUAAAAUAAAAUGCCUUUGUUCAAAAUGAUUCUAAUUUGAAACUAAAGGACGUCUCUGCUACCUUGACCGUUACAUUAAAGAAAGUAUUGAGGAAGAGCUUUAAUUCUUAAAAAGUUUAUUUCUGACUUUCGAAAAAGGAUCAUAUAAUAAAUACCGAUUCCUUUGAGUUUUAAUAAUUUUUGUUUUUUUUCUGGAGAAAAGAAUAAGAAAAAAAGAUGAUCUAGUUCUUUUUGCCAUUAUUUGACUGUUUCACUAUAAUCCAAUGUCUAUGGCUAAUUUAAUUUCAAGAAGUGGGUAUAAAUUUUUAUUUGAGGCAAAGGCAUGCGUAAAAAAACUAUACGAAGUUCGAAUAUUAAGCUCCUGUUACAUUCAUGCCUUUAUGAAUAUUACGUCAAGAUUUCUUUCAGUAAAAUCUUCAGUUCAUUCGUUCUAAAGAACGUUUCAUUUCCAGUUGACGUAUUCAACGGAACAUCUAAAGCUUUUUAGAUCUUAGAAAGUGUCAAUACCACACGGAAUUUUAUAUCAAGUCCUAUAAAACUCAAUUUUUGUUAAAAACUGUAAAAUGGUUUUUUUUUUUGAGGGAUUUUUUUCUUUUAACUUCUAAUCUAAACUGUAACGACAGAGGAACAUUUAAUCUUCAUCUUUAUAGAAGUGUUCUUUUAACACUAGAUUUUUGGAUUUUUCAGGUUUCAGGAAGUUUUAUUGUUUAGCUUCAAUGCUUUGGUUCUCUGAAAACCAUGGAACGUUUUUUAGCGGUAUUUAAACUAUUUUCAUUCUAUUGAAAAUGAAUAAUUUUCUAUGUUGAUAGGUAUAUUUUUUUGCUUGAGACUUUAUGUAUUAUCAGAAAUUUUUUUGAAAAUUAAUUCUCAUAUCAAAAAAAAAAAAAUUGAAACAAACUUUUAUGAUUUUAGAACAUGCUCCUUUGUUUUUUAAGACAUUUUCACUCCAAAUAACUUGGAGAUUCUAAAUUUUCGUUGUGUUUCAUUAUUGAAGUACCACACGAUAUGAAAGUGUGAAGCUUGAAAAGUUCCCGGAAUCUUUUGCGCGUUUUUUAAAAUCACGGGGAGUCGAAAUAUUAGGUUCGAGGGCCUUCUACCUCAUUUGGAUCAGGACAGCAACCUUUUUUUGAGGAGAAUCCGGGCAAGCUCAUCAUCUUCAGGUAGAGAUCGUGAUGUCGUUGGAGGACGAGUUCGGCUUCGAGAUCCCGCUCCAGGAUUCCGACAAGUUCCAGACCGUACGCGACGCCUUCAAGUACAUCUGCGAACGAGAAGACGUCUACGAGUAA